UUGAAACCCGAUCCAAAGCAAACCAGAAGACUCUACAACCCGCCAGCCCAAAACCCGACGGGUCGGGUCGGGUUUGCGGGUUACCCGAAUCUUCGGGCCAACCCGCUCAUUCCUAAUGGGGUAGUCAAAGGCGGUUCAACCGCAUCAUUUUUCCGCAAUUCGAAUAAUCCAACAUAUGAUAUGAUGCGGUCGACCAUGGAAUCGUCAGAAUUAACGGCAUUCGUAUCAAACUCUGCCGAGGGUGUCAGUCGUGUGGUGAAGGGGGAUGGAAAAUAUGCAUUCUUAAUGGAAUCAGUUGCGAUCGAAUAUGUUACCGAACGAAGAUGCGACUUGACUCAGGUUGGCCCAGUGUUGGACAGCAAGAGUUAUGGAAUUGCAAUGACCAAAAAUUCUACCUAUCGAUCUCAAGUAAAUGUCGCCAUCUUGAAACUACAAGAAAAUGGAAAAUUGCAGACUUUACAGAAGCGUUGGUGGAAGGAAAAACGUGGCGGUGGUUCGUGCGAUUUUUUUAGUUCGAAUGAUAAUUUUGUAUAUGAACUCGGCUUCGACAAUCUUAUUGGAGAUUUUAUUGUCCUAAUAAUUGGCUUGGGCAUCGCGUGUAUCAUCGGCGCUUGUGAAUGUCUGUUCAAAUCACGAAUGGAGCGAUAUAUCUAAAUACUAAAAAAUUGUAUCCAAAAUAUUUAAUAUUUGCGUCGUUUACAUUCAACCCGAAGUCGAAGCUUUACUCUCC